AAUUGCUUUUUCCCAUUUCCGAUCUAGCUCCAAUGUGCUUAACCCAUUUAUAACCCUUCUCCUCAACCAAAAUUAUCCAUUGAAUUUUCUUCCUCCAUACUGUAGCUCCUUUACCUCAAGGGUAAAACCAGAAAAAUUUCCCUCUCUAAUUAAUUUAGAAUUCUGCUUGAAGUUUUGAAGAUCGAUCGAGAUUGUUCGUGGCCAUGGCGAGCGAGGAAUUACAGGGCGGUGAUCUUCACAAUCAAGCUCCGCCACCGGCUCCGAUCCCUUUGCCUCCUUAUCCAGAGAUGAUUUUGGCGGCAAUCGAAGCGUUGAAUGAGGAAAACGGGUCGAACAAAUCGUCGAUCUCGAAGCACAUCGCGAAGCACAUCGAAGCAACCUACGGCCCGAUCCCGCCGGCGCACUCGGCGCUCCUCAACCACCACCUCAACAAGAUGAAGUCGUCGGGCCAGCUGCAAUUCCUUAAGAACAACUACCUCGUUCCCGAUCCCAACGCGCCGCCGCGCCGCGGCCGCGGCCGCCCUCCCAAGCCCAAGGCGGCGCUCCCGGCGGGAGCCCCUGUGCUGCCUCCUCGCCCCCGUGGCCGCCCCCCCAAGUCUCACGACCCCACAGCUCCGCCGCCGCCACCGAAAAGUGCGAUCACAGCUCCUUCACUUUCCGGGAGAAAACGUGGCCGGCCACCGAAAGCUGCGGCAGCAGGUGGUGCUGCAGCUGUAGAUGAGGCUGUGGCUCCUAACCCGCCUCCGGCCGCCGGAGGAGCGCCUCCUCGUGGUCGUGGAAGGCCGCCGAAAGUGAAGCCUGUAGUGACUGCUUCUCUAGGGGCUUAAUUGAAAGACGAGUGGUAGUUUAGGGGCUUUAGGCUAAUUUGUUGUUGUAGUGUUGUUUAUUUUUAUUAUUUGCAUCUUGGUCCUUGUAGUUUGAGUGAUUUUUAGUUUAGGGAUGGUGAGUGAGUGGCAAUUUCAUUGUUGUAACUUUGGUGUAAAUUUAAUGGGAUUCACAUGGGAUUCUCACUUUUAAUGAGAAAAAGAAAAGGGAGGGGAAAAAAGAUUCUAUUGAUGUUUUAA